GUCACCGUGGAGAGGCCAGGGUAUCACAAACUUAUGGAUUUUGACAAGAAAGGAGGGAAAGGGGAGACGGAGGAGGGCCGGAGAAUGUCCAAGGCCGGCGGGGGCCGGAGCAGCCACGGCAUCCGGAGCUCGGGGACCAGCUCGGGGGUCCUGAUGGUGGGCCCCAACUUCCGCGUCGGCAAGAAGAUCGGCUGCGGCAACUUCGGGGAGCUCCGCCUAGUGCAGAGUAGAAGAGCCGGGAAAGACCCCAUCCCCAUCAGAUGCAUCAGAGCUUCAAAGGCCCGCCCAUCAAGACGCUGCCAAGAGCAUGAGGCCAGCCAGGCUGGGGAAGACGUUGGCGAGCAUCUGCCUGCCCGUCAGGGAGCCACAGCUGGAUGAUACAUCAACAGACAGCAGAGGGACGGCGUAGCACACAGGCGAGGGCUUGGCCUCCUCAGCCUGGGGGAGCGCAGCUCAGUGCUUGGUGGUGGUCAGCACGUGACUGACACUUUGCUGGAGAAGGGGACUGCUGCCCGCAGGAAGAGCUACGCAGCCGUGUUCGCCGGAACUCCGCUCUGGAGAGUCAGAACUGGAGACGGGAGGGCGUGCCUCAAGGGCAGAUGGGCAAAGCAAACCCCAUCCUCCCUGUGAGCCGCGGCGCAGCACCAGGCGGGCACACGCAGCACGCCACGGCGAGGAGCCCACCGCAGGGGCAGCCUUUUGGGUGGGGAAGGGGGGAUGAAUCCACUGUGAAUCCCACCUCCGAAGGGCAGCGCAGGAAGGACACGCAAAUGCUGGACUGAACCUGCAGCUGAUUCAGGGGGCAGUGUCCUGCGCUCUAAAACUUCAAACCUGGGGCAGUGUCCUGCGCUCUAAAACUUCGAAAUCUGACCAGGCGCAGUGGCUCACGCCUGUAAUCCCAACACUUUGGCAGGCUGAUGUGGGCGGAUCACCUGAGGUCGGGAGUUCGAGACCAGCCUGGACAACAUGGAGAAAGCCCAUCUCUAGUAAAAAUACAAAAAUUAGCCAGGUUGAUGGUGCCUGCCUGUAAUUCCAGCUACUCAGGAGGCUGAGGCAGGAGAGUCGCUUGAACCCAGGAGGCAGAGGUUCCAGUGAGCCGUGAUCGCGCCAGUGCACUCCAGCCUGGGCAACAGAACGAGACUCCGCUCCAAAAAGAAAAAAACUUUGAAAUCCCUCUAAAAAUAAAAUGGACCGGUGGAUGGUAGCUGUGAGGAUGGACCGUGUGGCAGGAAAGAAUCUCUAUACAAAUGAAUACGUGGCUAUCAAAUUGGAGCCGAUCAAGUCCCGGGCCCCACAGCUGCACCUGGAGUACCGGUUCUACAAGCAGCUCAGCGCCACAGAGGGCGUCCCUCAGGUCUACUACUUCGGUCCGUGCGGGAAGUACAACGCCAUGGUGCUGGAGCUGCUGGGGCCCAGCCUGGAGGACCUGUUCGACCUGUGCGACCGGACCUUCACGCUCAAGACGGUGCUGAUGAUCGCCAUCCAGCUGAUCACGCGCAUGGAGUAUGUGCACACCAAGAGCCUAAUCUACCGGGACGUGAAGCCCGAGAACUUCCUGGUGGGCCGCCCGGGGACCAAGCGGCAGCACGCCAUCCACAUCAUCGACUUCGGGCUGGCCAAGGAGUACAUCGACCCCGAGACCAAGAAGCACAUCCCGUACCGCGAGCACAAGAGCCUGACGGGCACGGCGCGCUACAUGAGCAUCAACACGCACCUGGGCAAGGAGCAGAGCCGCCGCGACGACCUGGAGGCGCUGGGCCACAUGUUCAUGUACUUCCUGCGCGGCAGCCUCCCCUGGCAGGGGCUCAAGGCCGACACGCUCAAGGAGCGGUACCAGAAGAUCGGGGACACCAAACGCGCCACGCCCAUCGAGGUGCUCUGCGAGAACUUCCCAGAGGAGAUGGCCACGUACCUGCGCUAUGUGCGGCGCCUGGACUUCUUCGAGAAGCCCGACUAUGACUACCUGCGGAAGCUCUUCACCGACCUCUUCGACCGCAGUGGCUUCGUGUUCGACUAUGAGUACGACUGGGCCGGGAAGCCCCUGCCGACCCCCAUCGGCACCGUCCACACCGACCUGCCCUCCCAGCCUCAGCUCCGGGACAAAGCCCAGCCGCACAGCAAAAACCAGGCGCUGAACUCCACCAACGGGGAGCUGAACGCGGAUGACCCCACGGCCGGCCACUCCAACGCCCCCAUCACAGCGCCUGCAGAGGUGGAGGUGGCCGAUGAAACCAAAUGCUGCUGUUUCUUCAAGAGGAGAAAGAGAAAAUCACUGCAGCGACACAAGUGACCCUGGGCGCGUGCAGCCCCCUGAAUCUUCUCCGUGCAGCCCCUUGGGGCGCGACCUUGUGCGAGGCCCUCGGGGCCCACCCACAGCGGCCCAGGGCCAGACCCUGGCUGGAAGCCAGAACGCAGACUGCAGGGGCCGCGCCUGGCUCAGGCGGCCCCACCCCCGGGACGUGGGGUCACUUCCUUCAUGUAAGACUUUGGCCGAAAUUUCUACACCUGUGUCUAGUUCUCCCCUCCAAGAGCAUUAACUAUUUAAAACAAGGAAAAGAGGAAAAAAAAACAGAGGCCCGCCCUACCCCACUCCUGCCCCUCCGUUUCUUUGCUGAAGUGAGUAGUGUGAUCCUGGAGGCCCCCUGGCCGAGGCCUGGCCUGGCCCGGCCCCGCCAGCUGCCCCCGUUAGCGUCAUAAAGUCCAGCUUGUCUCCCUCGAUCCAAAGGCCGUUUUCUCGAGGGGAGGGCAGGCCCGGCCUGGAGGGGUGCUGUGGAGCUGUCUUGCCUAGGCCCUCCUGGGAGGGGGACAGGCAUUGCUGCCAGGGGUGAGGCUGUGCCCCAGGCCUCCCCGAAACCAAAGGGGAAGGCAGGGGUGGGGCCGUGGCUGAAGCCGGCUCCCCAACCAAAAUGCUGCACCAAAGCUCGGGCGCCGCGGGCACGGCCACUGCAGUCUCUUCCCAGCCUGGCCCUGGCAAGGGGCGGGUGGGCGCUGCCAGGCGGGUGCUUCUCGACGCACUUGCUCCCGGAUGCUGCGCCCCGGCGCCUGGAACCCGAGGUGGGAGGACUGGCUGGUGUCACCCUGCUCGGCCCUGGGCCCUGCUGCGUGGGGCGUGUGGGGUGCGUGGGCACGGAGCUUCCUGCCUCUCUGCUCCGACACCCGGCAAGCAGCCGGAGACAAAACGCCUUAAAGCCCCCGGCCCAGCCCCGCAGGUGUAUUGCAGGGGUCUGGGGGCGGCCCUGGACUGGCAGGCGGUUCCCCAGUGGGGUGCCCUGGAGGCUGCCGGGCAGAGUGGAGCAGCUUGGGGCCAUGCCCAGGGCGGUGGCUGUGAGUCUAGUUUUUGCUUUACCAAGUGUACAGAAAUGGCAUUUACGUUUCUCUGAUGCUCCCUUGAAGCCAUAGAAUUUAGGGGCUUUUUUAAAAAAAUAAAAGAAAAAUGAAACCAAA